GAAAUAUCGCGAUAUUCCUUACUCCUCCUCACUACGUAAUGUGCCGUGCUGCUUAUGGCGGCGCUGGUGACAGUGCUGAAAGCUGUUGGGUAUGAAGUGAAAAAGAACUGACUUUUGUACCAUCUGAAACUCCUGCUUCAAGUUCAGAUCAAUCGGAAGAAACAAAUCAAGGAAAAUAAAAAACAAAGACCACGCCUGAAAACAAUCCAGUGAUGCAUUAGUUUUGAAGAAAAGCCUCGAUCGAACUUCAACCACAACGACCAAACUAAGCAACCAAAGAAAUUUAAAAACAGCUACUCCGCCUGACGCAACCGACCAUCAACAUUAACGGCAAAGACGAUUUGUGAUCUGAGACAAGAAGUUUGUGCCUACUCAACAGCUUUGACAAAGCACACGUCCCAACGCUGCUCCAAGCCCUUCUUAUCCUCCCUGCACUUCCACUCCACUGGGGUGCGGAGUGGGCUGCUGUCUACUAGUUUAACUUUCUUUCUUUUCCUGUUAUUUUGCGCUGUUCAUCUUGUCCCAACCAGUGUUCUCACUCCUGCAUUUGCCUUGUUUCUUUAUUUCUUUUGUCCCCUGUUGUUUUUUUAAUUUAUUUUUUUGGAAGCUUUUUUUUUUUUUUUUUUUAAAUAGAACGUGUUCCAGCCAACUGAAGAAAACAAAAGCAUACGUGUGCUAAAGAGCAGUUUAAAUCUUUGGCUCAGUGUUAAUUGUGACGUCAAAACACCAGAUCAAGCCAUCUAAGCAAGAUGAGUUUCGACCCAAGCCUACUGCAUAGCAAUGGCUUUGCUAACGGCACUGGAGUGGGCCUCCGGGAGACUGGUGUGGUGGAGAAGUUGCUCAGCUCCUAUGGUUUUAUCCAAUGCUCAGAGAGACAGGCUCGCCUGUUCUUCCAUUGCUCCCAGUACAGUGGCAACCUGCAAGAGCUCAAGAUCGGAGAUGAUGUGGAGUUUGAGGUGUCUUCUGACAAGCGCACUGGCAAACCUAUUGCUGUGAAGCUGGUAAAGAUCAAGGCCGAAGUCCUGCCCGAAGAACGAAUCUCUGGGCAGGUGGGACCAGACUUGCACGCCUCUCCCUUUACUAUGCUGCAUGGUUAUAUACAUCCAGUUGUCUCAGCCAUCCCCAACCACCUGGAUGGAAGGUCUGCUCCUGGUCAGGUCCCCACUGGCAGUGUGUGCUACGAGAGAAAUGGGGAAGUGUUCUAUCUCACUUACACCCCUGAUGAUGUGGAGGGCAACCAACAACUGGAAACAGGAGAUAAAGUCAGCUUCUACAUGGAGACUAACAAGCAUACUGGAGCAGUGAGUGCCCAUAACAUUGUGUUAGUUAAGAAGAAGCCGAUGAGGUGCCAGGGUGUGGUGUGUGCCACUAAGGAUGCAUUCGGAUUUAUUGAGCGAGCAGACGUGGUGAAAGAGAUUUUCUUUCACUACAGUGAGUUCAAAGGUGACCUGGAGGCACUGCAGGCUGGAGAUGAUGUGGAGUUUUCCAUUAAGGAUCGAAAUGGGAAAGAAGUUGCUACAGAUGUUCGUGUACUCCCCCCAGGCACGGUUAUAUUUGAGGAUAUCAGUAUUGAACAGUUUGAGGGCACAGUCACCAAGGUUAUUCCUAAAGUUCCCACCAAGAAUCAGAACGAUCCGUUACCUGGACGGAUUUGUGCAAGGAUUAAUUUCAGCCAGAAGGAACUUCUGUUUGGGGAGAAAGACACCAAGUCCAAAGUGACGCUUCUGGAAGGAGACCAUGUCCAGUUCAACAUUUCCACUGACCGUCGAGACAAGCUUGAGCGAGCUACAAACAUCGAUAUACUGCCAGACACCUUCCAUUUUACUAAGGAGUCUCGUGAAAUGGGUGUGAUCGCUGCAAUGCGUGAUGGAUUUGGCUUCAUUAAGUGUGUGGACCGUGAUGCCCGAAUGUUCUUCCACUUCAGUGAGGUUUUGGAAGAAAGCCCACUACACAUUUCAGACGAAGUGGAGUUUACUGUUGUCCCUGACAUGCUGUCAGCUCAGAGGAACCAUGCAGUGCGGAUCAAGAAGCUGCCCAAGGGCACUGUGUCUUUCCACACACAGUCUGAACAGCAUUUCCUAGGUGUUGUGGAGAAGGAGGCCACAGCUGCCUCCAAUGGCAAGACCAGUGCCAGCCCCAACAAGGGUAAAGAGAAGGAAGCAGAGGAAGGCGUGAUUGUGUAUGAAGACUGUGGAGUGAAGCUGACUGUACCCUAUCAUAUCAAAGACCUAGAGGGUGGAGUUCUCCCUCAGCUUGGAGACAAGGUGGAGUUUGCGAUCAGCGAAGUAAAGCGUACUGGCCAGCAGAGCGCUGUCUCCAUCAAGAUCUUAAACCGCACCACGAACACCAAGAGGCUCCUGGGCUACAUAGCAACACUUAAGGACAACUUUGGCUUUAUUGAAACUGCCAACCAUGACCAGGAGAUCUUCUUUCACUUCAGUGAGAUGUGUGGUAGCAUGGACAACCUUGACCUGGGAGAUACGGUCGAAUACACUCUGUCUAAGGGCAAAGGGAACAAAGUCAGUGCUGAGAAGGUCACCAGAGUCCCAUACGUGAAUGGGCUGGGAGAGGACAUUGGAAGUACUGUGUUUUCGGGGAAGGUGGUCCGGCCCCUGCGUAGUGUGGAUCCCUCUCAGACUGAAUACCAAGGACUUAUUGAGGUAACAGAAGAAGGCUCCAGUAAAGGCCAGAAUUACCCAUUUGGAAUAGUUAGCAUGACCAGUAAACGGGAUUGCCUGCAGAAAGGGGAGAUGGUGAAGUUUCAGCUCUGUACGGUGCCUCAAACAGGACAGAGGAUGGCGUGCAAUGUCGUUCCACAGCGUAGAGCUUUGGUGGAAUGCGUUAAAGACCAGUUUGGUUUCAUCACAUAUGAGGUAGGCGAGAGUAAGAAGCUGUUCUUCCACAUGAAAGAGGUGCAGGACGGCUUGGAGCUCCAGGCUGGAGAUGAGGUGGAGUUCUCGGUUAUCCUGAACCAGCGCACAGGGAAGUGCAGUGCCUGCAAUGUCCGCAGAGUCAGUGAGGGUCCUAAAGCAGUGGCAACACCUCGGCCUGACCGCCUGGUGAACCGCCUGAAGAGCAUCACCCUGGACGAUGCCAGCGCCCCACGUCUGGUGAUCAUUCGACAACCACGGGGCCCUGAUAAUUCAAAGGGCUUUAAUGUGGAGAGGAAACCUCGCCAGGCCGGCGUGAUUGACUGAUCUACUAUUUGCUGCUCCUCCCUCUCCACAUUGACAACACCUCAGAGAAAAGAAGCAAUCAAGACUAAAGGACAGGGAAGGGAUUUGCACUGUUCUAAACAUCAAGAAGACACAUGAAGCUGCCGCCCCCCCCCCCCCCCCCCCCCCCCCCCCCCCCCACACACACACCCUUUCACCCUGCCCCAAAAUCCCUUCCAAAAGAAUGAAUCAUCUGACCUUUCAUAUUAGUGUGGCUUUUGUGCAUUUGUCAUCAAAGACAGUUCCUUGGUUGUUUUGCGUGUCUGUGUGCAUUCUGUGUGGGUUUAUCGCGAGUAUUUUUUGAAAAGUAUGUUGACAGUGUUGGAGAAAAAUGGGAUUUGGUGGUUCUGCCACCUGAUGGGUGUUUUUUCCAUCUCGACUCAAAAUGAAAUUGUGUGGAAUUCUGCGCCUCCCCAUCCCAAUUCCUAUUUUUCCCCCUCUAUCUUCUGAAAAGUUUCUUACAAUUUUUGGACAUUCGUUUAUUUGUUCCUGUCACUUGGUACCCACUCACCAUGUUGAGCAACUUCCAAAUCGUCCGAGUUUAUUUUGAUCACCUUCUCUGUUUGUUUGAAUAUCUGUGCUUGGUUUCACACCCUCCUUCCAUGUUUUCUUCUGCUUUCAGGUGCAGAAUUCCUAAUAGCUUCUCAUGUUUUGCAGUUCGUUUUUUUUUUUUUUUUCUUCAUUGCACAUUUUUAAUUUUUUUUUUUUAAAUUCAAUUUAAUAUGCUUCUAACAAGUAAAAGAAAAGUAAGAUUAAGGUGCCUAAAGACUCUCAAUAAAACAACAAAACGAUCCCAGUCACACAAGAGGUACACUUUUUAUUCCCAGACAAUUGCCAAAAUAUACGAACAAUCUUAGGGUGGCUUUCUCUUCUCUUCUCUCCCCCCCCCCCCCCAAACCCCCCUCCAAGUAGAUUUAAUACUGAUCUGCACCCCCAAGACCUGUGGAUAAAGUAUACUAUAUGUAAUGUGUGCUAUUUAGUUAGUGGGAGGUUUAAAAAAAAAAAAUUUAAAAAAAAAAGUCUGCAUAACCUGUGAGAUAAAAACAGGAAACAAUACAAAAGGUUCCAUUCAAAAUCUAUAAGAUCAGGAUUUAAUGUAGAGACUAUUUGCUGUGCUCCUUACUGAAAAUCAAAACAUAACUGUUAAGAAUUCUUUUCUUUUUUUUCCCUGGAGAGCAGUGGGUUACUGCGGAGCCACUGGUUCUCCUCUAUACUUUUGUUAAUGGUCUUGAAUGAAACAACUGAAAUAAAUGUUUUAUGAAAACA